GUGUGAGUACAGGGCGGGAGGGCAGAGCCUCACAUCUCUCAGCCCUUCCAGUCAACUUCUCAGGCAUUCCUCUCCACUCUCUGCAUCUGACUUGUCUGCUCCUACCAGGAUCCUCACCAGGAGAGCCGGGCUGCACUGGGCUGGAGCUACAACCUGAGGAGCCAUGGGCUAGAGGAGGUCCUGCCUGACCAUGGCUGUGCCAGUCCACCUGUGUAGUGCAGAACAUGGAGCCACAGGGCACCCCAGCUCUGCCCUGAUCACUUGUGGAUCCUAACUCUCCUGGGACCAGUCACCCUUCUAGAGUGCUUCAUUGCCUUUCUUCCUUCUGGUUUCAUGUGAUUUAACCCCUGCACCACCACCAGGCAGGAGGAUGCUUCCUCGCUCCAGGUUGGAAUAUCAAUGUUUGGCUACUCUGUAUGCGGUUUUGGUUCUUCUUAUUGUUCCAUCCUUCAGCCAGGUUCAAAGGACACCAGUAGAAAGAGGAUUUGUCAACUGGUUUGGCCCUGAGCAUAGUCCACCUUUGAGGUCCAGCAAUGAGUGGAAUUCCUGGCAGAGCUGGUCUCCAUGUUCUCGGACAUGUGGAGGGGGAGCUGCAGUGCGUACACGACAAUGUAUUAAAAGAGAUUCUGCAGGUCCACAUUGCCCUGGAGACACUAGACAGUAUCAAGUGUGUAACAUGAAGGACUGUCCAUCUGGAGUGACAGAUUUCAGACAAUUUCAGUGCUCUGCUUACAACAAUAAGCCUUUAAUGGGGAAUUAUUAUAAAUGGAUACCUUUCCAGUCAGGACAAGGAGACUGUGAACUAAGUUGCUUGGCACAAGGACAAAAUUUUUACUACAACUUUGGGAGAGUUUUGGAUGGAACAUCCUGCCACACAGAAUAUAAUGGCAUCUGUAUCAAUGGCCAGUGCCUGAAAGUCGGCUGUGAUUUCAUACUCGGGUCAGAUGAGAAGACAGAUAUCUGUGGGGUUUGUGGAGGACAAAACAUAUCCUGCCAACACCAUCACAAUAUCUACACUACAAAGUACCCAGCUUCUGGCCUCUUUGGAUACAAUGAAGUGACCUUGAUCCCUGCAGGUGCCACUAAUAUAAGGGUGACUGACAAGAGCAAUAAUUAUCUAGCCUUAAGAAAUCGAAAUUAUCAUUAUGUCAUCAAUGGCAACUGGGCUAUAAAUUACCCUGGAGUCUUCGAUGUGGCAGGAACCAAGAUCCAAUACAAGCGCUCUGCUGACAAUCUGGAAAGUUUUGAGGCUGCAGGGCCAACUGAUGAGGAUUUGCAUGUCAUGGUCCUCUUUACAGAGCAGAAUUCAGGCAUUGAAUACGAGUAUUGGCUUCCUAAGGAAUAUUAUAUUAACCACCAGAGAGACCGCAGCUCCUUACUUGAAAGUAUGGAAACAGCCCAAUUACCAACUCUGGCUCCUACAACUCCAACUCCAACAACAACAACAGUUCACAGUGUGCUACGACAGACAGCUCAGAAGAAAUGGCCCCCACAGGCUCGGCAGGAAAGAGGCAACAUUGAGCUGAACAGGAGUAGUGAAUCCAAAAUAGAUGGUAAAUGUGGAAAGUGCAGGAAAGUCAAGGGACUUCAAAACAAAAUCAGGCAAUACUGUCAGAAAGACUUUGUUUUUCGAGGGAGAAUUGGCAGCAAAAAGAUUGUGGGUAAGGAAACGCGAUAUGAUGUCCAGGUGGUAAUUACCUACAAGAACAAUUUCCCCAUCCUAAGGCGGGAAUACAUGUGGGUGCCAAAUACCUGCGAUUGCCCCAGCUUACUAGAGAAAAGGGAAUAUAUUCUGAUGGCCAGGAGGCAUGUUAACUAUGAAAAGACUCUCAACAGGAUAUUGCUCGAAACAGACAGUUUUGUGCGUCUGUACAAACCAAAGGAAGACAAGAUGCUUCGAGAUCUCGACCAAGAGUGUGUCAAGUACGGAUACCAAACACACCCGAAAGUGAACCAAUAACCCUACUGCAGAGAAUUCACCAUUUACAGACAGUGGGGGAGAUUUAUCAAAACCUGUGCAAAGGAAAAGGUGCCCAGUUGCCCAUAGCAACCAAUCAGCUCCCUUCUUUUAUUUUGCACAGGCCUUGUUAAAAAUGAAAGAAGCGAUCUGAUUGGUUGCUAUGGGCAACUGGGCAGCUUUUCCUUUGCACAGGUUUUGAUAAAUCUCCCCCAGUGUGUACUGUCUGUGUAUAGACUAUUUAAAGUAUUGUUGGACAGAUCUGGAUUAUGUAAUAUUCUAUACCUGGGUCAAGAAGGUAUAACAAUAGUAUUAUAAUGGAACAUGUUGCCAGUUUGCCUAAAAGUAAAAUUCUAAAAGGAGUAGUCAGGGGAACUUAACUUAGCAGACACUUAUCCUCUAUUUACAGGUCCCAGCAGUCCUACCCCAGGAAUAGGAUUUCCUGUAUGGGGCCCAGUCUAUUUACCAGUCCUCGGCGUGCUCUGGCCCUUCCAGAUGAGCGCAUUUGACGGCCUGUUCAGCCAAUCACCAGCUGGGGGGGCACAUCGCUCCGACUGGUGGUUGGCUGAGCAGGCGUCACUUGCGCAUGUCCAGUAGAGUGGGGGCCAGAGCUGCCUCGUACCAAAUAUUGCUGAGGGUCCCAGUGGUCAGACCCCUGCAAUCAGACACUUAUCAGACAGUUAUUCCCUUAUCCACAGAAUAGGAGAUAAGUUCAGCUCUCCAGACUACCCCUUUAAAGAGGGGCAUAGCUCAGAAAGGAAUAUUGAAAUGCUAAUACAUUCAUAAGUACACAAGAAGUUAUUCUAUAUAUACAGUAUAUGUAUUUGAUAUACUACAGCACACACUAUGCAGAUUAACACAAUGGUGCGUGGACAAAUGCACAUGUUUUCCAUUUUACACAGAACCAAAUUCAAACAUUUGUAAUCUGCUAUUCUGGUCAAGGUGUUAAUAGAUGGUGUAUUCACCAUGAAACUUGCCAAAUGUAUCACAUUUAUUUUUUACAUUAUGUUUUAUAAGCCAGAUUCCAGUUCUAGACGUUCUAUUUUUUUUUACCAGAUUGUAUUAAAAUGUAUAUUCAGCCAUAUAUUUAUAGAGGAAAACACAGAGAUGCAUAUGCAGUAUGCAUAAUUUAUUUUCACAUGCUUUGAAUCACCACUUAUUAAAGCAGCAAUGGCGUGCACCAGUGUGCAAGAAUAUCUAUUUAUAAAAGGUGAUAUGUGUAAAAGAAGGGUACGUGUGGAAGUAUGAGUGAAGCUGUAUGGAUGAAAAAUGUUUACAAUGCAUUUAUGAAAAAAAAAAAGAUGAACAAACAUGAACGCUAGACUUGCUGCUUCUUUAUAAAUGCUAAAUUCUCAAAAUUCUUAAAUGAGUUGUAUUAGACUUUAUUUAUGAGGACAUGUAGAUCUAUUGUGUGCUCCCUGAUGGAAAUGCCCUCUUUUACCUAUAGCCAAGAGCCAUAUCCAGCACUCCUUUCUACUACUGGUGUCCACUGAAGGUAAAUGACAUCUAUUUCAAUGGGCUACCUUUUGCACUUUGUUUCCCUUCCAUCGUGUGCAUUCCAGGUGCUGGCUGGAGGAUCUGCAAUCUUAAUAGGGAGCUGUUACAAGCAGAUAACCUUGACAAUUUUUGGGUAGUACUACUACUCCCAUCAUGGAGCACGCUCUGUUCCAUGUUGCGAGCUGUAGUACCUGCAGUUAAGGAAAGAUCACAGCAAAUGUCUCUCCUGACACCCACUGUGAUCCUCCUGUAUAAUGUAUAGAUGCGGCCGGUCGCUCUUCUAUGGUCCCCUGC